GGUGACGAUGCACUUCUGUUUGCUGGCACUGGUGCCAACCAGUUCGAUGAGAAGUACUACCGGAGACUGCGAUGGAGAAUUGACUUGCAUAUCAUGCCGAUCUUGAUCUUCAUCUAUUUCACCCAGUUCCUCGACAAGAAUAUCUUAUCCUACGCGUCUAUCAUGGGCUUCCCGGUCAAGGGUAUCCACUACAACGACGUUGCUCAAGCGUUCUACAUGGGCUUCCUCGUCUGGAUGUUCCCCACACAGUAUAUCGGCCAAAAGCUACCCCUUGCGAAGUACCUGGGAGCCAACAUCAUCAUAUGGGGCGGCGUGGUCAUGCUCCACGCUGUUUGCCAUGACUUUUCCGGCUUCUACGCCCUCCGCUUCUUCCUCGGCACGCUUGAAGCUUCUGUGACACCGGCUCUGAUUCUCAUAGUGAGUAUGUGGUACAAGCAAGACGAGCGCGCUACUCGCAUCGGUUGGUUCUACGCUGGAAAUCUCUCAACGUCCAUUGUUGGUGGCGCUGUCGCGUACGGUGUCACUUUCUACAAGGGUGCCAUCGCGCCAUGGAAGCUCCUCUACCUGAUCCUCGGCGCACUCGCUGUGUUCAAUGGCAUUAUUGUCGUCAUCUGGCUCCCCGACUCGCCCAUGACCGCUCGCUUUCUGUCGAAGGAGGAGAAGAUAGCCGCCCUCGAGCGCGUGCGUCUGGAUCAAGCAGGCACGCAUAAUAAGCACAUCAAGCGCUACCAGAUCAAAGAGACCUUCCAGGACAUUCGCACCUGGAUCAUGUUCUUCAUCAUUAUGACCAUAGGCAUUCCGAACGGUGGCGACUCCGCGUUCAGCAACAUCAUCACCAAGAGCUUUGGCUGGACGUCUCGUCAGUCGCUGCUGCUCAACAUGCCGCGUGCUGCGAUUGGUGGCUUUGCCGUUGUUGCCGUCGGCUGGCUUUCUGACCGUCUGCACGACCGCAUGACUCUCAUUCUCAUCUUCACCCUACCAACACUCAUCGGGAUGGUUAUCAUGACAACGAUGCAAUACUCUGGGAAACGUGGGGUUCUCGAAUUUGCACAGCUCAUUCAGAACCUCUCGGCUCCAUGCUUUCCGCUGUGCUACGCCUGGAAUGCCUCCAACAUUGCUGGGCAUACCAAGAAGGUCACCGUCAACGCCUUUACACUCUUCACCUUCGGCGUUGGGAGUGUCGUUGGCACGUACAUCUUUCUUCCUGCAGACGCUCCAGGCUACAUUCCUGGAAAGGCCGCCAUCGUUGUGUUGACAGUCUUCCAGAUGGCACUGUGUGCUGCCAUGGCUUACGUUAACAUUCGUUUGAACAAGCAGAAGAAACUUGCAUUGGAGGCGCUGAUCACGGAGAACCAAUGGUCUGAGGAAGAUAUACAGAAGGAGAGGGAGAAGGCUGCUUUCCUCGACCUAACGGACAAGGAGAACGUGUUCUUCUCAUACACG